CCCAUAUGCUUACUCAAGUACCCUUUUACUACUGCUAGUCUACUACUAUAUCAAUCAAUAUUAUCAUUCUGCAGCAGAGUGAACCAGAACACUUUUUUGCCUUACUGUUCUCCAUCCCCUCGGCCUUUUUGGUCACCAAAACAACUUCUCUAGUAGUUGGUUUACCUCUUCCUCUUUCUCCGCUUUCUUCUUAUGUAUAGGAGUAUUAUGCAGUAAUGAUGAAUAAUCAGUUCAAAAAAUGAUGAGCCAUUGGUCAUUUGGAGUCUUUUUCUUCCUUCUUUUAUCAUGUCCUUCGUUUGGUCUCAACAUAGAUGGAACUCUCUUGUUGUCUUUCAAAUACUCUAUUCUUGAUGACCCUUUAUCAGUUCUUGAUAAUUGGGAUUAUAAUGAUGCAACCCCAUGUUUAUGGACUGGUGUAACUUGUGCACCUGACAAGUUUAGAGUCACAAGUUUAGUCCUCCCAAAUUCUAAACUUCUUGGCUCUAUUCCAGAACAAUUAGGCUUCAUUCAACACCUUCAUACUAUUGAUCUUUCAAAUAAUAUCUUGAAUGGAACUCUUCCCAUUUCACUUCUCAAUGCUUCUGAACUACAAGUCCUAAAUCUUUCUGUCAACGCAUUUGCUGGAAAUGUUCCAAAAAAGUUAACUUCUUUGCAGAAUUUAAAAGUUGUUUCUUUGAGGAACAACUUAUUUUCUGGCACAGUACCAAGUGGAUUUCAGUUUGUUGAAGUUCUUGAUCUUUCUUCUAACUUGUUAAAUGGAACAUUACCUGAUGAAUUUGGUGGUGAUAGUUUGAAAUACUUGAACCUUUCUUCAAACAAGCUAUCAGGUUUAGUGUCACCACAAUUUGCCAAGAAAAUCCCAGUAAAUGCAACAAUUGAUCUUUCUUUCAACAACCUAACAGGUGAAAUCCCAGAAUCAAAUGCCUUACUAAACCAGAAAACAGAGUUUUUUCAAGGAAAUACAGAUCUUUGUGGCAAACCAUUAAAGAAACUGUGCACAAUCCCUUCAACACUUUCAUCUCCACCUAAUAUCUCCACUGAUAAUCCACCAGCAAUUGCAGCCAUUCCAAAAGAAAUUAACUCAACCCCAGUUCAAGAUUCAAAUGGAACAACAGAAAGUUCAGCUCAAGAUCAAAAACAACAUGGGCUUAAACCCGGAACCAUAGUUGGAAUCAUAGUUGGUGAUUUGGCUGGUGUUGGAGUUCUUGCUAUUGUCUUUCUUUAUGUCUACAAAUUGAAGAAGAAAAAAGCAAAUGAAGACAACAAAGACCAAAAAUACAACAAAACUCCACAACCAGAAGUAGUAGUAGUUGUAAAAGAAAAAGAUACUACAACUACUAGUACUACAAGAAGUUCAAGUUUUCCUAGUUGGCCAUGCUUGACCAUAAUCCAAGGUGAAGAAAUUUCAGAUACUGAUGACAGCAAAAACCAAGAAAGUGAAGACCAAGUUGAGUAUGAAACAGAACAGAAAAAUGAGAAAAACAGGAAAUUAGUGAUGGUGGAUGGUGAAACAGAAUUAGAGCUAGAGAAUUUAUUGAAAGCUUCAGCUUAUGUGUUGGGGUCAAGUGGACCUAGCAUAGUUUACAAAGCUGUGUUAGAAGAUGGGACUGCAUUUGCUGUUAGGAGAAUUGGAGAAAGUGGUGUGGAAAAAUUGAAGGAAUUUGAGCGACAAGUUAAAGUCAUUAACAAGCUAAGGCAUCCAAAUCUUGUUCGUAUUAGAGGGUUCUAUUGGGGAGAUGAUGAGAAAUUGGUCAUCUAUGAUUAUGUUACUAAUGGAAGCUUAGCCAAUGUUGGUUACAGAAAAGUUGGUUCCUCUCCUUACCAUUUAUCAUAUGAGGUCAGGUUCAAGAUAGCAAAAGGAAUUGCAAGAGGAUUGACCUACAUCCACGAGAAGAGACACGUGCAUGGCAAUAUAAAACCUAGCAACGUUCUCUUAACACCAGACAUGGAGCCUAUAAUAAGUGACCUUGGACUCCAUGGGCUAAUGCAUGGUAAAAAUAGCUGCAAACCGGACAAUUCGGCCCGGCAUUUUGGUAGUAAGCGGUCCACGUCCUCUCGGGACGGUUUACAUGAUCAACCGGUUCAUGGCAGCCCUUGCAUUGCCCCGGCCGGGUUCGUGGGGUGUACAUCCCCAUACCACGCGCCCGAGUCGCUGCAGAGCGUCAAGCCUAGCCCUAAAUGGGAUGUUUACUCAUUUGGGAUUGUGUUGCUUGAGCUUCUAACCGGGAAAGUAUUCUCGGACAGGGAGUUAAGCCAGUGGACCACCGGUUCAGUUGUGGAUGACAAGAACCGGGUUUUGAGGAUGGCUGAUGUGGCAAUUCGGGCUGAUGUGGAGAGCAGGGAAGAGACCACGGUGUCAUUGUUUAAGUUAGGGUUUAGUUGUGCAUCAUUGAAUCCACAAAAAAGGCCUACAAUGAAAUAUGCCCUUCAUGUGCUUGACAAAGUACCAGGCUAUUCACAUUACUAAUCAUUAUGUUGGGACCAGGAAAAGCUAUAAAGUGUUAGUUGGGGUGUAUAAAGGGCUGUAGCUCUCUUUAAUUUGUUCUUCUUUUGACUUGGAAAGAUUUUGUUAGAUAAAGAGGAGGAGAACCGUUGUUGUAAUUGAGAAAGUGUGUGUAAGUUUGACGAAUUGAUCAAGAAUGUAUUUAUUUGUGUUUAACUUCUAAACAUUGAUAGCGAUAAUACUUUACCCCAACAGUAACUAAAA